AAGCCCUAAAAAUUCGCCUCCCAUUAAAAGUUUUAGGGUUUACGGCAGCGCGAGCGCCAUCGCCAUGACGAUCUCGCAAGACUGUCGGAUGUACGAGGCCAGAUUCCCCGAAGUGGACGACGUGGUGAUGGUCCAGGUCAAACACAUCGCGGAGAUGGGCGCCUACGUCUCGCUGCUCGAGUACAACAAUAUCGAGGGGAUGAUUCUACUGUCGGAGCUCUCGCGGCGCCGGAUUCGCAGCAUUGGGAGCUUGAUUAAAGUGGGCCGCCAGGAGCCAGUGAUGGUUCUCAGGGUGGACAAGGAGAAGGGUUACAUUGAUCUCAGCAAGAGGAGGGUCUCGGAGGAGGACAUUGCGGUGUGCGAGGAGCGAUUCAACAAGAGCAAGCUCGUUCAUUCAAUCAUGCGUCACGUUGCUGACACUGAAAGUGUCGAUCUUGAGGAUCUCUACGUUCAUGUAGGAUGGCCUCUUUACAAGAAAUAUGGCCAUGCAUUCGAGGCUUUCAAGGUCAUGGUAGCAGAUCCAGAUACGAUCUUGUCAGGGCUAACGAGAACAAUCAAAGAGACUGGACCGGACGGACAAGAGGUUACGAAGACGGUUCCAGCAGUGACGGAAGAAGUCAAAGAUGCUCUUGUGAAGAACGUCCGGAGGCGAAUGACGCCCCAGCCACUGAAGAUCAGAGCCGACGUUGAGCUCAAGUGCUUCCAGUACGAUGGUGUCCUUCAUAUCAAGGAAGCAAUGAGACAGGCUGAAGCCGCUGGUACCGCGGACUGUCCCGUGAAAAUAAAGCUAGUAGCACCACCGCUGUACGUUUUGACGACUCAAACACUAGACAAGGAGCAAGGGAUAGCAGUGCUAGUGGAGGCAACGAAAGCUUGUGCCAAGUCCAUAGAAUCUAACAAAGGAAAGCUUGUUGUGAAAGAGGCGGCUAGAGUGGUGAGCGACUCGGACGAUCGCCAUCUUUUGGGACGGCUGAGUGAAGCAAACAAGGAGGUGGAUGGCGAUGGCGAGAGUGAGGAGGAGGAAGACACUGGAAUGGGGGAAGCCGACGUUGAUGCUGUGAGUGGGCUUGUAGAGUAAAGAUGUAUGCUCUUUUUGGCGAGUUAUCACAAGUAACAGGCCUUAAGCCCAAAUCAAAGUAGUUUAAAGGUUUUCCAGAGUGAUUAUCUACAA